UUUGUAAGUACCAUAUUUUGCUGUGUAUAAUGAAAUACACUCCUAUGUUUUUGGACCAAGUUUUCAGGGAAACAGUACUACCCAUGUAUAAUGGGUAUCCUUAUUUCCCCCUCAUAAAUGUGGGCCAAAAAAGUGCGCACAGCAAAAUACAGUAACGUCUUGAGAAAGAUGGUUAAAAGACUUGUCAGAAAUAUACAGAAGCUGUUAGAAUUUAGCCUCCCAGCCAAAAAAAACCCACACUGGAAAAUUCCAUAAAGAUUUGACAUUUUCAGUAACCACAAGAGGGCAGUCAAUACACACUUUGGGGUGCAGCAGUACGAAACAGUUCCCUCAGAAAUGUUACAACCUACUGUAAUAGAACUGCUCUUGGAGGAAAUGCUUGCCACCCUCAUUGUUGGCCCUUGAAAGUGCCAGAAGCAUCUCAGAACCACUUGUGUGGUUUCCUUUUAACUAGGAGAUGAAUAUAUUGACCAAACAUGGUGCAGAGGAGAGUACCUACAAGUGUUCUUUGCUAAAGCUUUUAAUUUGUUCUGUCAAUGUCUUCAUCCUCGAGUUUACAUGAUUCCUACUCUUGUCCCAUGUCAGGAUCUUGAUGUCCCCCUUCACCCCCCACUGGCAGUCUGAAAUCCACAGGGUGAUGUAUAAUCCCAUUUGCAGAUUCUAGAGCUCUCAGUUCCCCAACACAAAGACACCAUCUCUCAAUCCAAUUUGUUAGCGUUGCUCAAAUUUAAUGCUCUUUAAUUUUCGCGGACCUCCUGGGAUAUACAUUCUGGUGGCCGGGAAUCCUUUCCCACAAAAACCAGUAGGGUACGUGUGCCGUGCUAAGUGCUGGCGAUACUGGCCGUGCCUUCAAAUGCGUCUGCAGGUUUUGUGGCGUUAAAAAUAGCCUCUUGUUCAACUGAAGCAUUUGAUACUCGAUACUUGACCAUUUCAAUCUCCAGGUUCUUGACCACUCCAACGCCCUGUGCUUUAGGAAUCCUGACCAUUCGAGUCGGUAUUUUCGUUUAAAACCCGCGUUUGUCCCGCAACAGAGCUGGCAGGAAGUACCCCGUCUCAUGUGCCACCAGGCCGGCCCAGUCCACUUCCGUUUCCGGGAACGUGGAGGCCGUGGCGUCAUCACCGAGCGCCUGACCGACUGGGUGGCGUGGAGGGCCCGGGCGUGAGGAGACGCGAUGCUGAGCCGGCUCCAGGAGCUGCGGAAGGAGGAGGAGACGCUGCUCCGGCUGAAGGCGGCACUGCACGACCAGCUGAACCGGCUCAAGGUUGAAGAACUGGCCCUCCAAUCAAUGAUUAAUUCCAGAAGAGGGGAUGAGACACUGUCUUCCCAACCUGCACCUGAACAGUCACAUGAUGUGUUGGUGCAUGUAGACAAUGAAGCAUCAAUCAACCAAACUACACUGGAGUUGAGCACAAGGAGCCAUGUGCCAGAAGAAGAGGAGGAGGAAGAAGAAUCAGAUUCCUGAAGGGGAAAGAGCCAGGUUUAGUUACACAAAUGUCAUAAGUCUCAGGAACUUGCGCUCUUCAAAGAAUUCUUGCCACGGGUCCCAGGGCCUGCUUUAAAGGGAAGCAAGAACUUUAGAAGGAUGUGUACUUGUAAAAGUGGUUCCAUCAAUAAUUCAAGUUUCAGAAUGCUUUAACAAAAAUCAGUGACAGAAAAGCAAAGAUGCAAUGUCUGAGCGUUGAGCAGUAUGGGUGGUGCUGUGUCUAUUCUGGUCAGAUGCAGUAAUUGUGUCCAAAACAGAAAAUUUCCUCCGAAAUUGUAUUGAGAAAGUCUGGCAUUUGCAAAAAGGGCAGAGUGUAAAUACAGCCUUUCCAAUCAACAAUGCCUCCUUUAAGAAAACCAAUUAGAGGCUGUUUGCAUACCACUGAACCCUUGUAAGCAGAGCCCCAGUUUAGCAGAGAAACAUGAUGCGGACAGAGAGCCACUUGAGAGUACAAGCUGUUGCUAUCUUUCAGUGACAUCACAACACACUGCCCACUACAGACUGCUUUGUGCGACUGUCAUCACAUUGAGGUUGAGACAUCACUAUGGUAAAAUGUGCUUAGAAAUAAAUUAGAUAAAUCACCUUCAUGCAGCUUGCUGGUUUCCAAAUAGCAACAGGGAAAUGGGUCGGUUCCUCCUCUGGGGAAAACAGUACAGACGGAUGGUUUAAAAUGUAUUUCUGGACUUAGAAAAUGUGCCUUUACAGAAGGAAUAACGAGGGGCGGCCGGUUAGCUCAGUUGGUUAGAACUCAGUGCUCUUAACAACAAGGUUGCCGGUUCGAUCCCCACAUGGGCCACUAUGAGCUGCGCCCUCCACAACUAGAUUGAAACAACUACUUGACUUGGAGCUGAUGGGUCCUGGAAAAACACACUUAAAUAAAAAUUUUUUUAAAAAAGGAGUAACUAUGCUUGGGAAACUGGAUUUUUAUAAUAAAGAGAUGACAAUUACAGAAUAAGUAUUCUUAAAACUUGAUAUUUGAAGGUGAGAUUCAUUUCUUACUCUUACUGAAUAAUAUACAGUUAAGUAGUUGGUUAACUUUAUAAAAGUAAUUUGCUUUGUCCAAGUAAGAAAAGCCAAACAAAAUACAAAGAACCUUUUGAAGCAGAACUUAUGUAACUGUUCCAGAAGAGAGAACAUGGAUAUAUCUGUUAAUCAUCGUUUCAUUAUUUUGAGUUAUUUUGAACUACUCUUACAGGAAAUAGCUGAAAAUGUAAAUGAGCAUGUUUCUUGGAAAACACAGUAUGAGGAUAGCUUUGCAAUGAAAAGCAUCAAGAUAUACAUUUUGGGGGUCUAAUUUAAAAUAUGAGGAUGGGUUUUUAAGAGCUAGAAAAUUGGCUAGGAAUUCUAGCUCUACCACUACUGAUCGCUUGCUCGCUCACCUCUCUGCAACUCUCACUUUCUCAUCUGUAAAACGAGGGUACUCACAUCUGCUUUUGCAAUUUUUACAGGUUACUGUGAGGUGCUAAUGAGAUAUCACUGAAAAAUCCAACUAUUGUUGGUGUCUCAGAAGUUUGAGGAAGGAAUCUGGCAUGGGGAACUCAAAACAAACUGACGCAGGGAACAUCCUUCUUGAGAAUGUGAUCAUUCUUGGUAAUUACAGGGAAAAAAUCUUUUGCCUCUCAAAAUGUGGUAUCUUUGGAUACGAAAAGAGAAUUUAAAAGCACUCCUCAAAAAAUACUGAGCAUGAAAGCGUUCAGGUCCAGGCUGUAGACUCCAGGGUACGCCAUUCCUUCCUCCUCAGGUGCAAUUUGCACGUUUAAAUGAGACAUUCACAGUAGUAGUGGCAUCUUCUCUAUUAGCAAAAGACACAGUCUGAGGAGGGUGUGGGUCUUAAACCUCAGCCUGAAUGUAUGUCAAAAAUGUGUAAGUUAGACUGUUGUCUUAGAACAGAUAUUAGCCUCACAGCAACAAAAAAAUGACUGAUUAGCUCAGGCAGCAGUAUAUACAACACUGGCCAGUUUUUAAAGCUCUGAAUUCCAAGCUUGUAUUCCAAGCUCUGGUAGAUUCAGAGGGGAACUAUCUGCUCAGGAGGUUUACCCAAGUUCUGUUUUUAAUUUGAAAACAAAGUAGGCCUUUUAUUUUUAAAUACGUAUUUACGUUGGCUUUCUAUAACCUGCCCUCUCAAAGAAGAAAAUGGGGGAAGAGGCACUGACCAGGCAGCCUAACAUGUAUUUCAAGUCCAAAAGUCAAUUUUCAAAGAAGGAAAGGGUACCAGUGGCCAGCUGGGACAUGGCUUUGUUUUCUGUGAUCUCACUGCAGGCAGGACAAAGCCAGCACCAGGCACAUGCCUGCUCUCCAGAAGGUGUAGUUAAGUAUAAUUGGUGCAAAGGGAAACCAUUGCUCAGUGAAACAAAAUAACACGGACAGACCGUACCGGGUGAUGGCUCCAGUGCCAGCCAGGUCCCCUGGCCCCCAGCAAGGUGCUCCUGUGAGAAUGCUAGCCCCUGCCAACUGCUUUUCCCUUAUAGAAAGAGAUGGAAGGAAUAGAUGGGAUCUAUCCAAAGAAAAAGUGGUUGGCAGAGUCACAGAUAAGGGUGUUUGCUGAGACAAGUUGGACAAAAUCCAAAGAUCAGGAUGACAGGAAGCCCCAUUAGUCCAAAGCACGGAACUUAUCCUCAGGGUGGCAUUUCACCUUCCAGCCUCUUUCCUGUCUUUAUCUCUAUCCUCACAGUAAUGCUUCACUACGUCAUCUGAUUUCUUGUGUGCUAGAGACAUUGAACAUCCUACCACAAAAGUAGAAAUACCUAUCAGCCUUUUAACUUUAGUAUAUUUAUUAGAGUAAGAGAUUAUUUGUUAAACAUCUGAAUUAAAAUGAUUAAAAGGAUUUUCAUACAAUUUUUAGGCACUAUACACACUGUUGUUUACAAUAGCGUCAGUAAUUGGAUUGGGGGAAGAUAAAUCUCAUACAUUUUAAUGCCUUGAUCCAUUUGUAACAUUCAAAGUAACUCCAUUUUAGAAACACUAAUCCAAACUUAGAGACAUAUACCACUAAAUAUCCCACACAGUAUAUUUAAAAAUAAAUAUAGAACCAC